UAUAACAACGUCAAUAACGUCAAGUAUUAUAUUGUGAUUGUUGAAAAUUAAUACUUUUGUAACAUUUGUGAUAAAACAAAUCUAAUUUUAUUUUAUCAUAAUGUCUUGCCGUAAUGCUUCUCACGCUGGGAGCUGGUACACCGAAAACGGUUCGGAGCUGUCCCGGCAGCUGGACAUGUGGCUAUCCAAGGCAGACCUCACGCACGGACCCGCGCGAGCCAUCAUAGCCCCGCAUGCCGGGUACUCAUACUGUGGCGCAUGCGCCGCAUAUGCUUACCGUCAAGUCAGUCCAGUCGUGGUGAAGCGUAUCUUCAUCCUGGGUCCAUCUCACCACGUCAGGCUGGGCGGCUGCGCGCUGUCGUCUCUUGAUAAAUACCAAACUCCACUGUACGACCUCACUAUUGAUAAGCAAAUAUAUUCGGAGUUGGAAGCGACGCGGCAGUUCGAGUGGAUGGACGUCCAAACUGAUGAGGACGAGCACUCCAUCGAGAUGCACCUGCCCUACAUCGCCAAGGUCAUGGAGGAAUACAAAACCGGCUUCACGAUCAUACCUAUCCUCGUUGGGUCUUUAAGUCCAGAUAAAGAAGCAAAGUACGGCUCGAUCCUGGCGCCAUAUCUGGCUGAUCCUCAGAACCUGUUCGUGAUAUCGUCAGACUUCUGUCACUGGGGGUCCAGGUUCAGGUACACGUGGCGCGACCAGAGCAGAGGCAACAUAUACCAGAGCAUCGAGUGGCUGGAUAAACAGGGUAUGGACAUCAUAGAGAAGAUGGAUCCAAGACCGUUUACGGAGUACCUGAACAAGUAUGGGAACACCAUCUGCGGGCGCCAUCCCAUCGGUGUGCUCUUACAGGCGAUAGCAAAACUCCAAUCUCAGAACGGCGCUCCGCGGAUGUCGCUCAAAUUCCUGAAAUAUGCUCAAUCAUCGCAGUGUAUGAACCUACAGGACUCAUCAGUGUCCUACGCCAGUGCUUCUCUGGUCUUCGAGUAAGGUCAUAUACCAUAUAACUGUCACAAGUCGUUAGAAUACUGUUCGAAAUUAACACCUUUGCACAAAAACUGAUGCAUACAUUGAAAUGCUAACCAAGUAGAUCAAGUCGCUUGCGUCAACUAUCUUAUUUACCUAUGUACCAACUACCGAAAUAUAAUAAUGUGUAUGGCAUGAGGAAGUGGGAAUACUUACUACCAGAUAUUUUAAACAAAUUGCCUAGUGGGCUACACACAGACAUGUGUGUAGGAACUAAACAAUGUAAAAUAGAAUUAAAGAAGUAUUAUCUGGGCGCAUGUUAAUCUAUGUAGUACCUACCUACUAAUUAAGUAUAGCGAGUUAAGCGCAUUCAUUCACUCCUCGCAUAAACCUGUACGGGUUUUCUGUUAAGAGGAGCGUCUCAUUUUAUUUAUAAGGAUAUAAUUGUUAUUCUGAUAUUGAAUAAAUAAAAAAAAAAUACGAUUUUGUCAGAAAACGGAACAUACUCCACCACGCUGCUCCAAGAUAUAGGUAACUAUGGAGUAAUUAAUAUACUGCCUAAAACGGAAGGUCCCUCGCCAUACUAGUAGAGUUGCCGCUUAUAUAUUUUGUCAUCGAUUUGCUUGCAUGACACGCAAAGACCCGACCGUGACAGUUAAGAAUUCUGAGGGUGGUAUUAGUAAACUAAUCUCAGCUUCGAGACUGCCCUCAUGAUCAUGUCAAUGUGACAGUUCUCAUAAAAACAGAGACUUGAGCAUGAUAUUGAGGGCAGUCUCAACUGAGAUUCGUUUAUUAAUACCACUCCUAGGGUGAUAUUUAUAAAUGAAACUCAGCGGAGACUGCCCUCAAGAUCAUGCUCAAGUCCCUGUUUUUAUAUAAGGGUGGUAUUAAUAAACUAAUCUCAGCUUCGAAACUGCUCUCAAGAUCAUGUCACUGUGACAGUUCUUAUGUAAAACUGGACUUCAGCAUCAUCUUGAGGGCGAUGCAGAAGUCCAUUUUUAAUGUCCAUUUAAGUCCAUCACCGAAUCUCAGCUGAGACUAACUAAAAGAACUGUCACUUUGACAGGAUCUUGAGGGCAGUCUGAAAGCUGAGAUUCGUUUAUUAAUACCACUCUUAGUAAUUGAAUAAUAAAUGGCAGCCAGUAGGCUGUAUAGGCUAUAACCCCUUUGCCUGUCCUACGGACACAAUAAUAAAAGGGCUAUGGUUAACCAUACAACUUCCUAAACUGAACAACGCCCUCUAUGUGAUUUUUAAAGAACGUAAGUUGGAAAGUCCCUUAUUGUAGGUCGGUUUUUUUGCAAAGGCGUUAAUAUUAUAACACCCAUAUUUCGAAGAUGUUCCUUCCUUCCUCCACUCGACUCGUCCUCAGCUGAGCAUUUUGGUAUUUUAAGUUGACAUUUACGCCCUCGACUUGAGGACUUUACUCACUGGAGUCGAGCAUGUCGUACUGCCAACCUAAUAAUACGAAAUUAAUGACGUCAUGCCUUACUGGAGUAAACUCGAGGUAAGGUUGAGGCGCUGUAUAAAAAUACCGAUUUUGAGCUGAGUUCGAGGAAGACCUUGAGGUCGCCUCAACUGGAGACGGAGUGGAAGAAGGUUCAGCUGAACAUCUUAGAAUACGGGUUAGUAUUUCAACUGUAAACUAACUAUAAAAAAAAAAGUCUUAUGUCUCGUAGUGAGUUUUAAAUUCAUGUUGCGUGCAAUCGAAUACUGUUUUAAGUUUUAUCACGUCAUAUUAUAUCGUCACGCUUAAUGUCCCCGAAGGGGAAGGAAGGGUGUAGGGGGAGGGGGGAAGGAAGAAGUAGGGGAAGGAAGGGUUAGGUGGGGUGUAUAUACAAGGUUUAUGUUAUGUUCCUACGAAAAUCAACAAUGAAGUACGUAGUUCUAAAUUCAAAUUCUGUUACACGAUAAAUCUAAUAAUUGAUGAAUUGUCACGAAUAUGUAUACACUUUGGUACCAUGUCACAUUAACUUUUUUGACAAAUUGAACUGUAAGUCUCACUAAAUGUCAAAUAUGUUAGUGCGACAGAGUCCUAAAGUGGGUAAAAUAUAUUGCUCAUGACUGAACAUGGAAAUUGGCAUUCGUUUGAAUUCGGAAAUGAGAUGAUUGUCUUAAUUAAAGUCUUUUUUCUUUUUCACAUACAUACAUAAACUCACGCCUAUUUCCCACCGGGGUAAGCAGAGCCUAUAGAAUUCCAUUUGCUUCGAUCCUGACACAACACUCAGUUUCCUUCCACCAGUUCCUUUUUAACCAGCUUCAAAAAAGGGGGUUAUCAAUUUUUGUUUGGUAAGGUGUGUAUAAAAUGUAUUGGUUUGCACAUAACACGAGUUUGAGUGAUAUUUUGGUGAUUUGAACUAAAUGUGCAUACACACACGCCAGUCCUUCUUACUGGGGUGGGCAGGAUAGUCAUCAAAAGACAGACACUUCGUAUGAAUACGGGCCGUAUGGCCCCCGCGACCCCGCGCGCUUCCCCCGACCAUUUAAGACUAAAGUAAGACCCAGAGGGGGCGAAGUCGGCGCCGAUAAGAAAUGGUGCGGGGCGGGGAAUGUCCGUUCUAUACGUGGUAUUAUUCUUUAUUGUAAUCACUUUUCUAUUGGAUGUCAUAUAUUAGUUCAAAUCACCAAAAAACCCAUAUUAUAUCUUUCUUAAGAUCAAUAAGUUUAUAUUUUAUUAUUUAGUAUCUAUGCAGGGUGUUAGUGACGUCGUAACGAAAAUUUUCAGGUAUAAAUCAGGCCAUGAUUCUCAAGUGGAAUUUUCCGUCGCAAAUGUAUAGAAUUGAAAAAUAAUUUUAAAGUCGUAAGAUCGAAUCUGAAAUGGUGUCAAAUGAAAAAGUGCUGGAAAGAGUUGAAGAAAAGAGAACCAUAUUGAAGACUAUAGAGAACCGGAGAGGAAAUAUGAUUGGCCACCUGAUACGACACGAUUCAUUUAUAACAAACAUUAUAGAAGGAAAAAUUGAAGGGAAGAGAGGAAGGGGUAGACCUAAAAUCCAACCCCAAUUGUUUAACUAUUGUGUCUGGAAAUCUCGGCCUUAGGAGGAUAAAAAAUCAUGAAUUUUGCGACCGGAACUUCCACUUGAUAACUUAAAAUCAUGGUCUGAAUCAUCCCCCUCAGUAUUCGUUACUACGGGUGACAUUAAUAAACUAAUCUCAGCUUCGAGAGAGCCCUCACGAUCAUGUCAAUGUGACGGUUUUCAUAUAAAAACAGAGACUUGAGCAUGAUCUUGAGGGCAGUCUCAUCUGAGAUUCGUUUAUUAAUACCACCCUAUGUCACUAACACUGUAUAGAACUAGGCAACUAUGUACUUUAAGGAUAAUUUUAUAUAUUUUUCUGUACUUCCUAUUUAAAUAAACAAGUACUUCGUAACAAAUCAACUGUGACUAUAUACACUGGUCUUCUAAGAUGUUCACUCGUCUCUUCCUUCACUCGACUCGGCCUCAGCUGAGCAUUUUGGUAUUUUAAGUUGACAGUUACGUCCUCGACUUGAGGACUUUACUCACUGGAGUCGAGCAUGUCGUACUGCCAACAUAAUAAUACGAAAUUAAUGACGUCAUGCAUUGAACAGCCUCCGUGGUCUAGUGGUUAGAGCGUCAGGCUCACGAUCUGGAUGUCCGGGUUCGAUUCCCGAUGGGGACAUUGUCGAAAUCACUUUGUGAGACUGUCCUUGUUUGGUA